AUGGAACCCCCUACUCAAGUUGGUGCUGCUAUCCCAGCACACACCCCUCACGCUGUGUCUGUCAUGUUUCCCACAUGGCAAGACAACAUCUAUUACGAAGAAGGCAAUCCAAUUGUCACUGCCAAAAUGGAAUGUGGCUAUCCUCGAUUCUUUAUCCAUCCCUUUAUUCAAAAGCUAUGCACUCGUCUCGUAGCCAAGUUUGGCAAGGAAAACGAUUCAAGCAUGCUGUUUCCUUCGCAUAAAGUAGCGGAGCAGUGUAGAUCAUUCAUGAAACGUUACUACAAAGAACCCACCGGCACCGUUCGUAUUGCAGAGUUCGAGAUUGCACCCCUCCAUGCCUCCAACGAGCUCCAGCCUGUACCUAUUCACAUUGUUCUAUUCCCUCAAGACGCAUUCCCUAUCGCCAAACAGUUCUGGCAGCACUCUGGAGACAUUAUUUCCUCUCGCAUGGCUGAAUACUGCUUGCGUAUCAUGGACGACAAUCAGCAAAAGUCUGCCGAGGAAACGGCCUCCAAGAAGGACGACAUGUACAGACCCAAGAUCACUAUGGGAAGUCGUAGCAGAAGCCAUUACAGCAGCAGUCGAUCGAUCCCAAAAGUCGGGCAAGACAAGGAAGAAGAGCAUGUCGAGCAAAGCACUUAUUUGGAGGAACGCUAUGGCCGCAAUUUACCUGUGAAAUUCGCAAACAAUGCCAAAGUUGCUUUGAGAAGACGUAUUGCAGGUGUCUUGAAGGGAGAGAGUGAGUUCAGUGACAAGGAAAGCAAGACAUCGUGCGCUGAUUUGGAAGAGCAACGUCAGCUGAAGGGCGAUCGUGGUAUUCGAGGUUUGUCUGAGGAGGAUGUGUACUUGUACCCUUGUGGCAUGAGCGCUAUUUAUCAUGCUCAUCAAGCUGCUAUGCUUAUUGGUGAUAGCACUGCCAAAAGCGUGUGCUUUGGAUUCCCUUAUACCGAUACCCUCAAGAUUCUACAAAAGUGGGGCGCUGGCUGUCACUUUUAUGGCCUGGGAGAGGAUGAAAGCAUGGAUGAAUUGGAGGCACUUUUGAAAUCAGGCGAAAAGAUCUUGAGUUUGUUCUGCGAAUUUCCCUCCAAUCCCUUGUUGAAGUCUCCUGAUAUCAAGCGUCUUCGCAGACUGGCAGAUGAAUACAAGUUUUUGAUCGUCAUUGAUGAGACCAUUGGUAAUUUCUGCAAUGUCGCUGUCCUCGAGUGGGCUGAUAUGGUCGUGAGUAGCUUGACAAAGGUGUUUUCUGGCGACUCCAAUGUCAUGGGCGGAAGCAUGAUUUUGAAUCCAAACGGAGCGUAUUAUACACUAUUAAAGGCUAUCUUGAAGGCAGAGUACGAGGAUUUGGUGUGGUCUGAGGAUGCCGUCUUUUUGGAGCGUAAUUCUCGUACAUUCAAGGAACGAUCCAAAACCAUCAAUCGCAAUACAGAAGCCUUGUGCGACUUUCUAAUAGAUCAUCCCAAAGUGGAGCAAGUUUUUUACCCAAAGUUCACAUGCAGAAACCAUUUUGACGCUGUCAAGAUUGAUUCUGAAGAUUCAGGAUAUGGAGGUUUGUUCUCUGUGGUUUUGAAAGACGAGAAGAGUGCUGCUACUUUUUACGACAACUUGAGCUGUGCUAAAGGACCCUCCCUUGGUACCAAUUUUACAUUGUGUAGUCCUUACACUAUCCUUGCUCAUUACACAGAGUUGGAUUGGGCUGCUCAAUUUGGUGUGGCACGUCAUUUAGUCCGUGUCAGUGUUGGUUUAGAAGACAGAGACAAACUAUUGUCCAUGUUCAAAAUGGCCUUGGACACUGUUGAAUAG